ACUACAGUAGGAGAGUUCUAUGUUGACCUACCUGCUGAAUCAUAUUACAAGAUGUCCUUUCAACUCAGGCAAGAAGGAGGAGAUGAAGUUUAUGGAGGAUCCGUAUCUCCGGCAUCUGCUAGAUCCUAUCCAGCCUCUUCAUCCUCAGAAUAUAAAUCCUCCCCCUCCCCUUCUUCUUCAUCAGAAUAUAAAUCCUCAUCCUCAUCUUCUUCAAAAAUAAACUCUAAGUCUUCUUCCUCCACCUUCUCAUUUCCUUCCUCUUCCUCUUCUUCCAUCUCUUUUCCAUCCUCCUCCUUCUCCUCUCCUACCUACUCCUCCUACCCUGCUGCUAGCCGUCCUAAUGAGAUCAUUCGAGUGAAAUCCAGGAUUUCCUAUCCAUCCUCUCCGUCUAUCUCCUCAACAACACCUUCAUUUUCUACCCCCUCCUCUCCAACCUACUCGUCCCCCCUCCCCUCCUCUCCAACCUACUCCAACCAAGAAUACAGAACAGAGAAUACUGAAGUAUUUUCGCGAGAAGAGCCAACAGAAACGUUCCUAGGAGAAAGUAAUGAAGGUUUUGUAACUUCCUCUUCCACCUACAGGCCUCAAGUUUACCAGGGCUCACAGUCACAGGGAGAAGCAUCUUUGAAAAGAUAUUCGUUCAGAAUUCUGCCUUCCAAUGAACCCGAGUCAUUUAGACAAUCCGAGUCCCUUGAUAGUAUUUCUCUUGGAGGCCCUGAACUUUUUGGCCAAUCUGAACAGUCCUAUGAAAACGGCCAAAACGACGAUAUUGACGAAAUCAUCAGCAUUGGAGAAGAUUUCUCAGGUUUUCACAAUGAAGCUAUUGCAGAUGUAGAAGAUAGUCAACAAUACCAGGAGAACGCCCCUGUUUUCACGGAUAUAGUUGAAAAGACAAAACCCCGGGUCGAAGAUGAGAAAAGUCUGGCCGAAAUAUUAGAAGACAACACUCCGGCCGGUAGUGAGAUUGUUGUCGAGGAGGAGGAUGCUGCUGAAGGGGAUCAAGCUUCUGAUUUUAUAGAUUCUACUGCUUCAGACGUAGCUGAAUCAAAUCAGGAAAUCAUAGAGAUUCCAUUUCUUGAAGAUGCUGCUGAGCCGAAUUCAGAGAGGAAGAAACGAAACUAUAGUCUCUACUCUACACUCUUCUAUCUCAAAUAAUGGAUUCUAAUAAUUUAAUCUUAUUCUGAUUUUCUGAUUAUCUUGACGGAUACAUGUGAAGGCUUGAACAUCAUUUACAGAUGUACUCCUAGCUUUAAAACCGUAAUAAUGAUUGGUACCUUCGGACUGUAAUUAAUGUAUUAAUUACUGAUUCAAGAUUAUUUUUUGUUUUUCUAAUUGUUAUUUUUGUUUUGUUCUUUACUGUGACCAGCGUUAGGUUUUGGAAGAAAAGGAUAAUAUUUGAUAGUAACUUGUGGACAUCUUUUAUAACUUCACUCAAAUGCAUUUAAGUAAAUUGUGGACAUCUUUUAUAACUUCUCAAAUACAUUUAAGUAACUUGUGGACAUCUUUUAUAAUUUCUCAGAUACAUUUAAGUAACUUGUGGACAUCUUUUACAACUUCACUCAAAUUCGUUUAAGUAACUUGUGGGCAUCUUUUAUAACUUCACUCAAAUGCAUAUAAGUAACUUGUGGACAUCAUUUAACAUUUAAGUUUUUUUUAAAAGGCUUAACAACACGUUUUUUAUAAUUUAAAUUACUAUGUUUAAUAAGUUUUUUAUUACAAUUAGCACAAAUUUCUUACACAUUAGUUGGACCAUUUUGGUUUAAUUGUUUUUUUUUCUAGAAUAAUUCGCACAGUAUAAUAAUAGCAAAAUAAUCAAGCAUACAAAUUUGAAAUAUUAAUAUGAAUAAAAAAUAAUUAAAUGUUAAAGAACAGACCAAAACUAAUGCCCAUGUUUACCAAUAAUAAUUAUUCAUUUCUUCAGAAAUAACGCUUUAACUGGUUAUUCUUUUAUU